AGCUCGGCAACGAUAUACCAAGUGCUAUUCCGGUUAACAAGCAUAAGUUUUGUAUUUAAUUUUCCGGUAAUUAGUACGACUGGCAAAUGUCAACGGAUGAGCACAACGUGGGCAGUCCCCUAAAGCCGACCACGUCCAAGCCCGCCCAACGGGCAACGGAGUGGGAGCCCAAACUUGCACACAGCACAAACGCACGUGGUGCAUCGAAUCUGUUGCGCCAUCAGCACAGCUUUGAGGCACGCUACAGCAGCAUAAUCCAAAACCAAAUUUGGGAGACCACCAUCAAUAAGGAUGUUAUGGAGCGACAACUUAAUGAAUACUUUCCCUUUGCGCGCAGUGCUUCCCUUACAAGGAACGAAUCCGACAGUUUUCAUCAGCUGCUCAAUCCAACGCCGGAGAGUAUCAAUAGCGCUAUCAAGGCACGUUCAUUGGGGACCACGCCCAUUAAAAAUCGAUCGGCAGCCUCUCUAGAGAAAUUUGAUACGUCGGAAAAGCAAAUCACGAAAAAUAUGGCUGAGCCGUAAAAGAAAUGAAGGCACACAUUGCUUACUACUCUAUUGAAUUAUGGAUACUAAUACACGCAAGUUAAAAAAAAAAAAAUUAUAAGAAAUUAUAUAAGUUUUUUUUCUUGCUGUUCA